CAAACAACAACUCGACAUCUCGCUCUUGACUUGAAUCAACAAUCUGCUAUACCUUUGGUACGCGACCAGCGUCCGAAGAGCCAUGACAUCUAUCACAAUGGGAACUCCAAGAUCGAGGUAAAGUAAACAAGACAGCUACCGGGUGUCCAUGUUGGUACUGCCACAGUUGGUUCACCCUUAUCGCUCUUCCAUGCCUUCUGUGACAAGGUCUUUGGAAUGAGUUUGAUACGAUGGGCCAACUGCGGCGGUACCACGUUGGUCUGAGAAAUACCGGCGAACUUGAUCUGGAUAAUACCAGCGAAAGGAUUGGCUUCUUGGGACCCCUUCCCCUCCCCUUAUCGGAGAUCAACUAACUCUAGGUUCGCAGCUCUGCUCGUGUUGCGCCAACAUGUCUACCGACAAGAUAACUUUCCUCGCCAACUGGCACGCUACGCCGUACCAUGCACCGCUUUACCUUGCCCAGGCCAAAGGCUUCUUCAAAGAACAGGGCAUCCAGGUGGCUCUUCUGGAGCCCAACGACCCCAGCGACGUAACCGAAAUCAUCGGCAGCGGUAAAGUUGACCUCGGUUUCAAGGCCAUGAUUCACACUCUUGCUGCCAAAGCCCGUAACUACCCUGUCCUCUCGAUUGGCAGCCUUCUGGACGAACCCUUCACCGGCGUCGUCUACCUCAAGGAGUCCGGAAUCACGACCGACUUUAGGUCCCUCAAGGGCAAGCGUAUCGGCUACGUCGGCGAGUUUGGCAAGAUUCAGAUCGAUGAGCUCACUUCGCACUACGGCCUGACUCCUGCCGAUUACACGGCCGUCCGCUGCGGCAUGAACGUCUCCAAGGCCAUUAUCAAGGGGGAGAUUGACGCCGGUAUCGGCCUCGAGAACGUGCAGAUGGUUGAGCUGGAGGAGUGGCUUGCUUCCCAGGGCCGAGACAAGGCCGACGUCCAGAUGCUUCGCAUUGACGAGCUCGCGGAACUCGGAUGCUGCUGCUUCUGCUCGAUUCUCUACAUUGGCAACGAGUCCUUCAUCGCGCAGAACCCGGAAAAGGUUCGGGCCUUUAUGCGCGCCGUCAAGAAGGCGACUGACUUUGUCCUGGCCAACCCGGACGCUGCGUGGAAGGAGUAUGUUGACUUCAAGCCUGUCAUGGGCACUGAGCUCAACAGAAAGAUCUUUGAGCGCAGCUACGCAUACUUCUCCGAGGACCUCAAGAACGUCGAGCGCGACUGGUCCAAGGUCACCAAGUAUGGUCAACGGCUUGGGGUCCUGAGCCCAGACUUCACCCCCAACUACACCAACGAGUUUCUUGACUGGGCUCUGCAGCCGGAAUCCAGUGACCCUACUGGCGACCAGAAGCGAAUGGUUGAGCUCCAGAAGAAUGUGGCUUGCUGCGGUGGCUUCCACCGCUUGCCCCUUGGGAUCAAGGCUUGAUUGGUGGGACAGGGUCGUCUUUGCUGCGGAUGGCGGCAAGAGUUUACUUCCAAGCUUGGCUGCUAUAGUCUGGGAUCUUUUUGCGCAACCAUUAGUUUUUGGUGGAACAAAGAGGCUCGUAUCUUGAUGGCUUAACCGACUCGGUUCCAGAUGAGUAUCGUGUGGACGAUCGAUGAGGGCCUCGAAAGUGUAGCUAGCGAAGGCAUCUGCAACAUUCAUUAGUAAAUGCCUAUUUCUCUAGUCUAAUUGAACUGCGCUCCUACACCGUGUAAAAUGUGAUCUGAUAUUCACCA